AUGGACAUGAGGUUGGCUGACCAACCGAGACGGGUUCCUCACUUCCCUCGUCCGCCCGACAAUACAAUCACGUCUCGACGACGACAUGAUUUCCAAUCCAAGCGAGGAAGAGGCGAUGCAUCAAUACUACACCAGCUCACCCUCAAGGUCUUUCUCUCCCGCCACAUUCUCGAGCGACUUCGGGCAACUUCACAACACAUAAUCCCGCUCAAGCGCAUUCUUGUCUUUCCUUCCGACAACCUGCAGUCCUACGCCUCAAACCUGCAUGCAAAGCCGUUUGUCUUCGCUGAUCCUGUUCCGCCAUUUGUCUUUGGCGCGCCCCCUCCUCCGAAAGCGCCGUUGAUCACACACUCUCGCCUGCCUUCAUUGGGGACUCCGCUAAAUCCUGCUGCGAUGGAGUCCAAGCCUUCAUUUGGCUUGAAUACCGCGGCCCCGAGUUCAAACCUGGCGCAUUCACAUUCAAGCUACCAGCAGGACCAACAGCGGAAUCAACACCGUUCAAAACACAAGGCCGAGAAAAGCGACAACGUCUCAGUAUCGCUUCUGAUUCGGAAGAAGACAAUGCCCCUGUUGAUCACCAGCAGAGCCACAGCAGCCACCUGCCAAUGGUCACGUGCCCUCACACCCAGACCUUCCAACGAGCAUGUCCUCGCUAUCAAGACAGCCGUUAAUAACCUUGCUGGCGGACAGAAGUCCCUUGGCUCGAAUGCUCGCGAGCUUCUCGCCUUGCGAAAUGAAGUCCUUGAACAGGUCGGUGCGUUACCCGAAACAUUUGCCGCUGCUCCCAACAUCUUACACGGAGCCCAUGCGGAAUUUGCGUUGACGAGAGAUGCGAACAAGCGCGACUCGGAGAUGGACGAGCUGAGGCGGAACAACACCGAGUUCCAGGUACAGAUGGCCAAAGCGAGGGGGUGCCCAUGGACAAGUGCGUGUGGAGAAGGAGGUGCUCGUGGAGAAGCUGUCGAUUGUGGAAGGGGGACGAGACCGGAUGCGGGCGAAACUCAAUGGGGCUCAAGUGGAGGCCGCGAGAAGGCUGCAACGUUGAGUGUGGUCGAAGCACGAAACGUGGAAUUGGAAGAUGCGCUGGCAAAAGCAUUGGCAAGGCUGCAAGCCUGCGACGCGACACAUCAAGCCAACCAAGAGAGAAUCCAAGAACUGGAGAAAGGGGCGAGGGAGGUUUCAAGCGAGAGAGCGACUUUGAAAGCCAAGGUUGAUGCGUUGGAGCUUCAAAUUUGCGGCACGGGACAAGGAAACCGCAUUACAAUCGGUUGUGUCGCUGCAAAAACAACACGACCAGCUUGCGUCUCAGCAGGCAUUGGGAUGAUCUCCACAUACGUCUGCCCAGAUCAGAAUGCUCACAAGUCUCAUUUUGUUGGGCAAGCGGACAACGAGGAGUUGAAGGAGGUUCGGGUGAUUCGGGAUCGCAGCAAGGUGCUUGAGGGCGAACAUGCUACCCUGCUCAAGCGAGUCUGGCGCAAGCUCAACAACGCGAUGGAGAGUGAGUGGGAAGGAGAAACGCUGCUGGUCAUUCACGACACGGGUAUUGGCCAGACCAAGGCUGAUGUGGUGAACAAUCUCGGUACCAUCGCCAACUCUGGCACAAGAGGCUUCAUCAAGGCCCUCUCUUCUAGCGCCGACAUCUCCAUGAUUGGUCAAUUCGGUGUUGUUUCCAAACACAACGAUGACGAGCCAUACAUUUGGGAGUCUGCCGCUGGUGGGACCUUCACUAUUACCCUCGACACCGUCAACCCCCCAAUCGGACGUGGUUCUGAAAUCCGUUUGUACCCGAAGGAGGGACCAACUCGAUCCGAGUUCAUUUUUUACUCAAUCAAACUCGCUGUCACGAAGGAGGUCGAGAAGGUUAGUAGUCUUUUUCCCCUCUCCUACAUCUGUUCUAACGUGAUCUAUAGGAAGUUGAGGAUGACGAGGAGGAGGAGGCUGAUGCCGAUCGAGGCGGUCGAGGAUGAAGAUGAUGCGCCGAAAGACAAUAAGAAGAAGAAGGUUAAGGAGCAAAAGAUCACUACCGAGGAGCUCAACAAAACCAAGCCCAUCUGGACUCGCAACCCGUCAGAAAUCACGACUGAAGAGUACGGGUCGUUCUACAAGAGCUUAACCAACGAUUGGGAGGAUCAUCUUGCUGUCAAGCACUUCUCGUUGAAGGUCAACUCGAAUUCAAGGCCAUUCUCUUCAUUCCCAAGCGGUAAGUCGGCACCCUUCGAUCUCUUCGAGUCCAAGAAGAAGCGCAACAACAUCAAGCUCUACGUCCGCCGUGUCUUCAUCAUGGACGACUGCGAGGAGCUUAUUCCCGAAUACCUCAACUUCGUCAAGGGUAUCGUCAACUCAGAGGAUCUGCCCCUCAACAUCUCCCGUGGGACGUUGCAGCAGAACAAGAUCCUCAAGGUCAUUCGCAAGAACAUUGUGAAGAAGUGCAUGGAGGCUUUCGGCAAGAACCUCAAGCUUGGUAUCCACGAAGAUGCCCAAAACCGAAGCAAACUCGCCGAGUUCCUGCGUUUCUUCUCGACCAAGUCGUCUGAGGAGCAGACCUCGCUCAAAGACUAUAUUACCCGCAUGCCCGAAAUCCAAAAAUCCAUCUACUACCUCACCGGCGAAUCUUUGGCGGCCACCCGCGACUCACCAUUCCUUGAGGUCCUCAAGAAGAAGGGCUUCGAAGUUCUGCUGCUCGUUGACCCCAUUGACGAGUACGCCAUCACACAACUGAAGGAGUUCGAUGGCAAGAACUUGAAGCUCAUCUGUGUGUCGAAAGAGGGUCUGGAGCUUGAGGAGACGGAAGAGGAGAAGGCAGCACGUGAGGCUGAGGUUGCUGCCUUCAGCGACCUUUGCACCACUGUCAAGGAUGCUCUUGGCGACAAGGUCGAGAAGGUCGUCAUCUCCAACCGCAUCACCGACUCUCCUUGCGUUCUUGUCACUGGCCAAUUCGGUUGGUCAUCCAACAUGGAGCGUAUCAUGAAGGCGCAGGCACUUCACCUCGAACUGAACCCGAGCAACCCCAUCGUCAAGGAGCUCAAGCGUAAGGUUGCGGAGGACAAGGGCGACAAGUCUGUUCGCGACUUGACCUAUCUGCUCUUCGAGACAGCGCUGCUCACUUCUGGCUUUGCUCUCGAUGAACCGACAUCUUUCGCUAAGCGUAUCCACCGAAUGAUUGCACUUGGUCUCGAUGUUGAUGAGGAAGAGGAGGAAGAGACAACAGAAACCUCGACCGCCCAACCAACGGCUGCCGCCACGGAAACCACAUCUGCUGUGGAGGAGAUCGACUAA